AUGGAGCAGUACGAUUUCAGGAAAAGUAGGGAGGGGAACCAUGAAAAUGCAGAGAACACUGCAUAUUCAGAGAACAACUGGCAGUUGUGUCUGGAUGUGGUUUGGGAUGGAGCUUGCGAUGAAGAUGCAGGAAGGGAAGGGGAGGGGCAGAGAGGAGCAUCAGGUCAGCCUGAUGAACCUCCUGACUCUAUAGAUCAUCAAGCUUCAGUUCAGAAACUUCUAGGUGAACAUGCUUCAGGUGAGCACACUGCAGGUGAGCACACUUCCGGUGAACAACCUUCAGGUGAACAGCCUUCAGGUGAAAAGCCUUCAGGUGAACAGCCAUCCAUUGAACAGCCUUCAGGUGAACAGCCUUCCAGUGAACAGCCUUCCAGUGAACAGCCUUCCGGUGAACAGCCUUCAGGUGAACAGCCUGCAGGUGAACAGCCUUCAGGUGAACAGGUCUCAGGUGAAAAGCCAUUGGUUGAACAGCCUUCAGGCAGUCCACCUUCAAGCACAGACCCGGCAUUAAAUUGCCACACAUGCUCUUAUUUGAACGAUCAAGGGAAAUGUCUCCGUGGAGAGGGAGUCUGUGCCACUCAGAAGUCCCAGCAGUGCAUGUUAAAAAAGAUCUUUGAAGGUGGAAAACUCCAAUUCAUGGUUCAGGGGUGUGAGAAUAUGUGCCCAUCUAUGAGCCUCUUCUCCCAUGGAACCAGGAUGCAAAUUAUAUGCUGUCGGAAUCAAUCUUUCUGCAACAAGAUCUAG